UGCUGCUAUUUUACAAGUGACUGAAAACGCCUUCCUUUUCAGUCGACGAAUAUCAGCCGCCGGAUUGCCAUCCAACUGUCUGAACAUCAUCUUCCACCUCUGAUUCUCUUCUUCCUCAUAUCACGAUUUUAUCUGACAUGUUCGUCCCCGCAACGCCCGUCUCCGGUGGCUCAACCGCUGCCAGCACCUCCGACGGGCCGUCGUCUGUCACCUGUGGCCGGCGGAGCCCCGACUGCCGUCCGGCCGUGGCCUACGCGGGGCUGGCCACCUCCCAAAGCCGUCCCUGUAAGCCCGAGGAGACCUCCUGGACCCAGACCCCCUCUCGAACAAGAACCGCACCGGCGUAGUGCAAAAUUAUCGACUGAAAUCGGCCUCAAUUUCAGUCGCUGAUCAUUAGGGAGAGUGAAAGAAAAAAUAAGGUGUUUUCACAAAUUUCAGAAAAGAAAAUGUGCAACCGUUGACCUGUCCAUUCGUUGUGCCCUGUCGGUGGCAACUUCCCGAAUAAAUUGCCGUUUGCCUUUGGCGAUCUCUCCGCGUCCUCCUCCCUCCUCAGAUCCACCAAAGCCGCAUAGAGAGAGAAGACAGAGAGAGAUCGCGCAACGCCAUGGCCGCGGCUUCCCCUCCCCUUCUCCCCACCGCUACUACCACCACCGCAGCAUCACCAACCCCUGCGCCCACCGCCGACGCUGCUGCGGCCAACCCUGCAGCCACCCGCGCCUUCCUGUCCCGUCACCUCGACUCGGCCAAGCGCGCGCUCUCCGGCGCGCGGCCCUGGCCCGAGCUUAUCGACCGCUCCGCGCUCUCCCGCCCGGAGUCCCUCUCCGACGCCGCCUCCCGCCUCCGCAAGAACCUCGCCUACUUCCGCGUCAACUACGCCGCCGUCGUCACGCUGUCCCUCGCCGCUGCUCUCCUCGCCCACCCACUCUCCCUCGCCGCACUCCUCGCCCUGCUCGCCGCCUGGUGCCUCCUCUAUCUCUUCCGCCCCGCCGACGCGUCACCUCUCGCCGCCUGCGGACGAACCUUCUCCGACAAGGAGGUGCUCGGGGGACUCAUCGCCUCCUCCGCGUUCGUCGUCUUCCUCACCUCCGUCGGAUCACUCAUCUUCUCCGCCCUCGCGCUCGGCGCUGCCAUCGUCUGCGCGCAUGGAACCUUCCGCGUGCCGGAAGACCUCUUCCUCGACGAGCCCGACCAGGCUGCCGGCAGCGCCAACCCCCUGCUCUCCUUCAUCGCCACCGCCACCGGGGGACGCGUCUGAGCGCGUCAGCCACAUCUCUGCUUCGCCGAACCAAGACACAGGUCAUUGAUUUGUUGUUUUUUCAGCUGAGAAUAAAAGACAGAGUAUACAAACAUGAUUCGGAUCUAGUUUUGUUUCGAUUUGCAUUCGAUGUAUAAGAAAGGUUGGAACAAACAUAGUGAUCUUGAUAUUGAUGUGACAUUUCACUUCAUUCAUUGGAAGUAGUAACAUGAUAUCGCUGUCCUCGAUUUUAUUUUGAAUUCA